AUGUCAUCAUCUGCAGUUGCCCAUUCUGCUGCUGUGGCUGCCAUAAAGGAGGCAGUUGCGAAUGGUUCAUUGGAUUCGUCUCCGAUCAGCCUUGAGUUGAAGCAGGAAGUUCUUAGUUCACCAAAUCUGAAGCCCCUGGAUGGCCAAUCCGACGUUAUUGCCGAUUAUCCUUCGCCUCCGUCGAGCUUUCCAUCUCACGGUAUAUCUGCAUUGUCAUCCGGAUUCCGAAAGACUAGCUUUGGGACGACUUUGAAGGAAACUGUAUCUGAAAAUGCCAUCGGGGAGGAAGUAGAGUCGGCAACCGGUUCGUUACGGAAGAAUAGGAGGCCGAGCGAUGGACCUGAUGAUGGGCAGCAUCUCAAAGGUGAACUUAAGUGUGAACACUGCGGCAAGGGCUAUAAGCAUAGCAGCUGCCUAACGAAGCAUCUUUGGGAACACACUCCUGAAUGGUCGUACACGUCCAAGUUGCUCAUCUCGAAGCAUCAGCAGGUACAGCUGUUGGAGGCGGCCUCCAUCCUCGUCUCGAUGAAGCCGAACACUCCGCCUACUUCUGCGAGCUCCACGGCUUCCUAUAGCAUGAUGAACGAUUCUUCCAAUGAUUCAACCUCGGAAGACUCGCCACCUCCAAUGCCUGAAAGGAUGUCGUCUCCUCAGCCGGGCGGUAGAUCUAGGGCUCUCUCUAGUGCCGGCCAGCCGACGAGACGUCAUGGAAGCCACUCUCGAGCUGCUGCUCCGUAUUCGAGAUCAUAUCAACAUCCACCAAUGGGUAGCUCCUUUGGUGGGAAGUCAGUUACGCCAGUUGCAUCUCCGGGUUCUAUGCGUCCUGUUUCAGUACUUCCUCCCGGACUUCUUAGUCCUCGCAGCAUUGCCACAUCUGGCCAGGACGACGAGUCGCUGGCCGCUGCCGUUCAGAUGUUGAGCUGCAGCUUUGGAGGCACGCCAGUUCUAGGGCCUACCAAAACCAAUCUUAAGAAUGGCAAUAUACCAUCGCUGCCACUUUCAUCUCCACCGAAUGAUCUACGGGGGCUCGGGUCUCCCCGUACGCUGACAGCCGAUUACAUUACCUCUAACCCCGUUGCUCAGCAAAGUGGAAUCCGUGGAACCGCGGGCCACCUUGAGAGCGAGGACGUAGAGAUGGACGAUAGUGACCAUGAACAGGCUGGAAAGUCCGUUCGGUCCCCGUCCUAUCGUGCUCGGUUCAGCGGGCCCGAGGUCGUAGUUGAGGACGAUGAGGAGGACGCGGCUGCCGCGAGAGCCAAGCACGAUGAUGAUGAGGAUGGCGUGUUCGGCAAAAUGGAGGAAUGA